AUGUCGCUAUAUCCGUUUGAUACGCGGAGCCACUUUUUUGUGUCACCAAUGGAGCGUAUGAUGACUAGAAUAUUUGAUGAUGCCCUUCGGGAUUUCCAGCGAUCUCCCCAUAAUUUGAAUCCUUACUGGCUGCAGCAGCCAAUGCUCAACGAAGUUAAUAUUGGAAAUGCUGUAGGUUCGGCGAUAAAUGACAGUGAAAAGUUUGCUGUUGAAGUGGACGUUACUCAGUUUCAUCCGCAAGAACUGUCGGUAAAUGUUCUAGACCGUGAGCUGGUUAUUGAAGGACAUCACGAGGAGCGUUCGGACUCAAGUGGGCGUAUUGAACGUCAUUUCGUUCGCAAGUAUACAAUUCCUGAUGAUGCGAAUCCGGAGACACUCACGUCACAUCUCUCGGAUCGUGGUAUAUUGACUGUAACUGCACAGAAGAAAGCCAUUGAGGCAGCCAAGGGGCGAAAAAUACCGAUUCAAGCGGCACCUCGAGGUCAAAAUCAGCAGCCGGAAAAGCCGGAGGAAAAACACUAG